AUGUGCAAAAGCGAUUCAGGGCAGAAGCAGAACGAACAGUCAGCAGAUGAUGACAGUCCCCAUUUAACUAGGUUUUUCCUAGUAGGCAAAGAAUUGUUGAUGCAACGUAGACUGAAGUUAAAUAUGUUCUUAUAAUAAUAAUAAUGAUAAUAAUAAUAAUAAUAAUAAUAAUAAUAAUAAUAAUAAUAAUAAUAAUAAUAAUAAUAAUAAUAAUUGAUCUGUUAGAUAAGCAUUCUUUACCGUCUGUACAUAUUUAAAAAGUUCGUUAGAAGUUAGAGGUCAAACAUAGGCUAUUUUAUCUGAAGAGUGCCACGUUAUUUACGUGGUACGAAACUGUAUAGUAAUAAAUAUCUAGGUUUUUGUGUCUUUCUAUAUGUGUAUAUAUAUAUAUAUAUAUAUAUAUAUAUAUAUAUAUAUAUAUAUAUAUAUAUAUAUAUAUAUAUAUAUAUAUAUAUAUAUAUAUAUAUAUAUAUAUAUAUAUAUAUAUAUAUAUAUAUAUAUAUAUAUAUAUAUAUAUAUACGAGUAUGUUUAUGACAUUCAGUAUAUAGUUUAUAAUUUCCAGUCUCAUAUCCGCCUGACCGUGUAGCUCAGUAAUUCGGAGGUCGUGCGCUCAAGACCCAGCCGCGGCAGGCAAUAUCUUUCUGCUUGCGCGCGGUCUGCAAAUUAUAAAAUACACACUCUAGAACAUUUUCAACUUUGUGGGACAAGGAAUAUAUGGUGCACCAUCAUAAACAUGAGAUUAUUUCAGAUUCCAUCAAUUCUUCAUUUAUUUUUUUCAAAAUAUAUAUAUUUACAUUUGUUCAAAAAUUGUGCCUAGAUUGUCAUACCCGUAGCUCGUGUUGUCAUUACAAACAGAAAAGAUAAAGCGAAUAGCUUAUCGGAUUUUGAAAUCAAGAUUGGAAACAGUUUGGAGAACGAAGGACGAAAUAACACAAAAUGUGGAGAUCGACAUUCAGUACCACAUGGAGAAAGUAAAGAAAUUUCCUGUUCACCACCAUUGAUUGGAAGAUAUCUUGUCAUUCAAUCAUUGUCUUCUCUACGUUUAAACAUCAUUGAAGUCGAAGUAUUUGCUGCUGGAUUGCAAGUAGAAUAA